UUCUGCCCGUAUCUCCUAGAGUAUGAUUUACAAAUGACGGCCAGAAUACGUAGAUCGAGUCAGGACUCUAAGUGUGAACAUAAACAAUCGAAAAUGGUGGAGAAGAAGUGUAUAGACGAACGAAAAAAAGACAGAGAUCAACCUCCCACCAAGGUUGUUAUCCGACGCUUACCACCAUCUCUUUCACCUGAGAUAUUCCUGGAACAAAUUUUGCCACUCCCUGCUUAUGAUUAUUUCUAUUAUGUGAAGGCAGAUAUGAGUCUUGGCGUGAAUGCUUUUACUCGAGCUUACAUCAAUUUUCCUUGUGCAGAGGAUAUUUGCACAUUUAAAGAUAAAUUUGAUGGAUAUGUUUUUGUGGACAAAAAAGGCAAUGAAUAUCCAGCGGUGGUAGAAUUUGCUCCAUUCCAGAAAGUUCCCAAGAAAAAAAUGAGGAAAGCAGAUACCAAAAAAGGAACUAUAGACCAAGAUUCUGAAUUCCAAAAGUUUGUUGAAAAUAUAAAGAAUCCUCAUUCUGAACCAACUGUACCAAUUGAAUCUUAUUUGGAAGAACUGGAAAAUAAAAGAAAAGAGCUAAAAGCCAAUCAUGGUGUACCCAAGAUGACAACUCCAUUAAUUGAAUUCAUUAAGCGUAAACGAGAAGAAAAGAAAGCCAGUUUACAAAGGCAGAGAGAAGACCGGAAGAAGCGAGAACAAGAACGAAGAAAGGCAAGAGAUGAAGAGAAACGACGUCGGAAAGAGAAAGAGAAGAGAGAUAAAGAAAAACUGAAAGAAAAAGAACUGAAGAAAGAUGAGCAACCUAUCAAGCUUUUAAAGAACCCUGAACGAGAAAUGGAGAAACAAAAGGAUGAAUGUGAUUUAAUACGGUGCAAAGAUGAAUUGGAUAAACCCAUAAAAGAGAGAGAAAAACUCCGCUUUUCAAAAGAAAACCGUGAGAAAAUCAAAAUAGAUCGGCAAGGUCAAGAUAGGCUUAAGACUGGAAGAGAGGGUCGUUUUGGUGAGCGUAACAAGUAUUCCAAAGAUGACCGAAUAAACGAUAAAUCUGACAGUAAGUUUAAGACUAUUAAAGAUGACCGAUGUAUGGACAAAAGCAAGAACAGAGAUGAUAAAGCUGAUCGGCCGAAGUCAAACAGGGACAAAUAUGGUCAUGACCGCAACAAAUGUUACCAAGCUAAUGGCAACAACAACAACAGUAACAAUUGUCGUGAUGAUAAGAAGUCAAGACAUGACAAACAGUCCAAACAUGAGAGACAGGACAAGUUUGAUCGUAUCGAAAGACAGGACAAGUUUGAGCGCCAUGAGAAGGCGGACAAGUUUGAGCGUCACGAGAAGCCGGACAAGUUUGAGCGCCAUGAGAAGCCGGACAAAUUUGAGCGCUAUGAGAAGCCAGACAAAUUUGAGCGACAUGAGAAAACAGAGAAAUUUGAACGCCAUGAGAAAGCUGACAAGUUUGAACGCCAUGAGAAAGCUGACAAGUUUGAACGCCAUGAGAAAGCUGACAAGUUUGAGCGCCAUGAGAAAGCUGACAAGUUUGAGCGCCAUGAGAAAGCAGACAAGUUUGAGCGCCAUGAGAAGCCAGACCGUUCAGAGAAAUUAGAGAAACCAGAACGUACUGAGAAACAAGAGACUGAUGAUUUUGAUAAAUAUCUUCAUGAUAAGAAAAACUUCAACAAGAUUGAUAAAUCAGAAAAAUCCAAAGUGGAAAACGGCAGCUCGUUUCCUCCAGCAUCAGAGAGUGGUGCCAAAGAGCUAAGUGUUAGCCCUUACAGUGCUGAUGAAUCAAUGAAACCAGGUAAAAUGAGUGAGGUCAAUAAAAGUACUGGUGAUUGUUGCAACUUCGAGCCAGUUAGAGGUGACAAACAGGAGCCACGCAAGAAGAAGAAGGAGCGGCCUGAAAGAGCCUUGUACGACCCACGCAAAGCCUUGGAAAGACGCCAGCAGUCAGAAACGGCUCGAAUGCAGUAUCAUGAGAAAGGAAAUAAUAACACAGAUAAAGGAGGAAACAUUUCUGAAACUAAGGCAGGAAGCCAAGAAAAAGUUUUACCUGAACGUCGUGAGAGAAAUUCUUCUCAUGACAAGAAUAAGGGUAACUUAGAUAAGAACCGGGUAGAUAACAAUAAGACUAACUCUGAAAAAGUCUCAUACUCUAAAGGUGGUUACAACAUAGAUAAAGCGGCUGCAAACAAAGGCAGUGCAGAAGUGGCUUCUCUGUCCAGCAUUGCUGCUAGUAUGGAAGGUGGAGUUUCUGCUGAAAACUCCAUUCCUACAGAGGUUAGCAGUCACAUCAUUGAGGAGAGCAGGUGCCAUGUUGAGGAGUGAAAGUUCAAUGAAUGGUUAAUUCCAACCAUGAUAAAUAAAGUACAUGAAUUGUUCACUGCCAUUUACAGCUACUGAACAUCUGUUGCAUCCUGCUGCACAAUAGCAGGUUACAGUGAAGUGUUGUUCAUGGCCCAAUAUAUGGUGAGAGAGUGUCAAGUUGCACAUUGACCAUACAGACAGACCUGAGUGGAUGAUACUGAAUUCUUGGGUUUAACUAUUCUGAUAAAGGAAUUUUGCUGGGGAAUGUCAAAUACUUCUGUCCUCCCAUCUUCAGACACACUAAGUAUUUUUGUUCUCCCUUUUCAUUUGAAGGAAUAUUUAAUAAAUUCUUAAACAAACUCUG